AUGGCUUCAUCGUUACCCACUUCACCUUCCGAGUUGUCAUCAUUUCCUUCCGAGGGUGAAGGAACACGACAACCUUCUCAACAAGUUGUUUGGUAUUUUGCCUACGGAGCGAAUAUGAGCUCAAAAGUUUUGAUCGGAAGACGAAAAGUUAAACCCAUGGAAUCGUAUCCAUGUCAUGUCGAGGGUUAUGAUUUAGUGUUUAAUAUGAAGGGAUUGCCUUAUUUUGAACCUGCAUUUGCGAGUAUUGAAAAGAGACAAGGAUGGAGAAUGCAUGGUGUUGUGCAUAAAAUUACGAGAGCGCAAAUGGAUCAUAUUCGAAGAACAGAAGGUGGAAAUGGACAUGAUAUGGAUGAUUUCGGAUAUCGUGAAAUUAUUGUACAAGCUACAAUUUAUCAACCUUGGUUUGAGUAUCAAGAUUCCAAUACUGUCACCUCUCACGGAAAUCCAACCAUGUAUUUCCAAACUGUGAAAGCCAUUGCACUUCAAGGACCACCUGACAUUAAUGAUGCAAAUCCUUCUGCUCGUUAUUUGAAAAUUUUAAGAGAUGGAGCAAAAGAAUAUGGCGUAGCCAAAGAAUGGCAAGACCACCUCAAUCAUACGCUCCAAGAAUACAAGUCUGCUGGUACUGUGAAGACUGUUGGAAAAUUCUCAUUUGUGCUCGUGAUACUUCCUCUAUUUAUCAUUCCAAUAAUUAUGAUGAUUUUAUCACAUGUAUUCAAAGUACAAUCACCCUAUUUUGUCACACGAUUGUUCAAGCAUCUCGGUUCAGUGGUUUGGUGGGUACAUGACACAAUUUGGAGUAAAUUAUUUGGAAGUGGAAAAAACAAUAAGGAAAAAUAG